UUCAGCGUAUCACUUGAAACCGUUCACGAGGGCUGAGCGGUGACAAGACGAUGAUUCGAACCGAUGAUCCUUGGAUGGCGAGCAGGACAGAUACACCAGUACACCUCUUCACUCCAACGAAAUUGUCACCUUUCACUGAUCCUGCCUCGGGAUUAUUUGAAUUCGUCUGUUGACUUGCCAUCAUAAUAUCGCCGCUCGUCUCAGCUGACCUAUUUUAGGACCCUAGUCACAAUAUGAGAGCUAUUCAAUGCGUCCCAAGAAAGACUAAAUAAUUCAUUUAAACUUUAGGAAUGAUUGUUGGGUGAAUUCAUUGUGUCCUCUGCAGAUCUUCCUUAGUCGUGCAAUAUUUGGUGCAACUGCAUGCGUGGACAUGUCAUUGUUAUGAUAUUGAGUCGAGAAUGUCGGAAGACGACGGAAUACGCGUCAUAGUGCACAUCAAACUCAUUCUCCACAAAUGUUUCUAGACCGGAUUUGGUACAGGAGGAAGCUCUUUUUGUAUCAUGUCACAAACAGCCAGACAUCGACAUCUUCGGUGACAAGACACUGACGUUAUGCGAUAAAGAUGCGAGUCCAAAACCGAAAAAUGAAGCUCCAUUAUCUCCUGACCCGCCCCAUUACAAGGAGGGCCACAAUACUCCUCUGUCUCUUUACGGUAUUCUUCACCUUCUACUCCUACCAAUGGCUGACCAGUCUGGAGGCCACGGAUUUCAAUGUUGAGGACCCGGAGCUGUACAGAACAGGGAAAGGCAAGCUUCAUGUUAUGGAGAGAAAGCCGUGGUUCAAGGCCGCCAUGGAAGAGAUCAUCCAACCAAGAAUCUACAAAAAUACGAACUACAAGAUUCAUUCGACAAUGCUUUUGGACAAACAGGGCAUCAAGGGUAUUAAUAAGAGUUCCAUUCGUGGAGUCUGGCCUGAUACUAAAUAUGACUGGGAUGACCGGAUUGUCACACAGCUGAUGCACAUCCCCGAAGCAGUGAAAGAGGAGCAAAAGAAACCAUUCUAUAAGCAAAAGUUGAAGACAAUCGUGUUUUGGAAUAGUGGUGGUAUCGUGGAGGGGAGGCAGAGGCUGUUGGACGACGGUUGCCCGGUGUCACAAUGCUAUCUUAGCCGCAACAGCCGUCUUCUCGACAAAGCUGAUGCUGUGCUUUUUACUAGGAUGAUGCCUAGGGGGCUUACCAAACGCAAUGGUCAGAUUUGGGUCUACUUUUCUUUAGAAUCUCCGCUGCACACAUCAACUUUACGUCAUGUUAGAGGACUAGUUAAUUGGACUGCGACGUAUCGGCGAGAUUCGGUUAUAGUCGCGCCUUAUGAGAAAUUCGUCCCAUAUACAGCGGGCGUAACUGAGAAACCGCAGCAGAAAAACUAUGCAAGCGGGAAGACGAAAAUGGUCGCGUGGUUGGUCUCAAAUUGUGCGGCAAAAAGCAACCGUGGAAAAGUUGCUCAGGAGUUGUCCCGUUACGUCCGCGUGGACAUUUAUGGACGGUGCGGACAUUACACCUGCCGCAAGGGAGAAGCGAAGUGUUUCGAACUGCUCGAUAAAGAUUACAAGUUCUACUUGUCGUUCGAGAAUUCAAAUUGUAGAGACUAUAUUACGGAGAAAUUCUACCUAAAUGGAAUGCAGCAUGACAUAAUUCCCAUCGUCUUCGGUGCAACAAGAGCAGACUACGAGAGAUCAGUUCCCAAACAUUCCUUCAUCCACGUGGAUGAUUUCAAAGACCUCCGCCAACUUGCAAGCUACCUGAAAAUGCUGGACAAAAAUGACACUCUCUAUAAUGAUUACUUUAAAUGGAAAGGCACGGGGAGGUUUAUCAAUACGUUUUUCUUUUGUCGUCUCUGCGCAAUGCUUUGGGACCAGACGAGAGAUGUCUGGUAUGAUGAUUUGGAUGAGUGGUGGCGCGGGAAGGGGAUCUGUCUGGCCAGAAAGGGACAGUCCUGGCGGGAAAUGUACAACCAUAUGAUCAUAACAAAAAGAUAGAGACCCUUGAAUAUUAGGCUUGAGGGGCUGGAGCCGGCAGACCAUUUCGACAUCCUAUUCAUACUUACCCGUGGAGGAACGAGGCUGGUCGAUUGUGUCCAUUCCAUCGUGUAGGGAGACACAAACCAAUGAUUCUUAGCGAAGACCAUACGAGUUUUUGCUCAUGGUUGAUUAUUUGAGGUUGGGGAAAGUGGAGUGCAUUUUAUGACUUGCAUUCCAAGACUCAUCUCGCCGUGUUGUUAGGACGGACAUCCGUGGACAGUAUGUAUGCCGUCCUCGCAUUAUCAAAGGCACAUCCAUCAGACGAUGGCAUAUUUGUAGAAAGAUGAUGUGUCGUCACCUGAGAAGAGACAUUCGUGCCUUCAGGUGAUAUCAAAUUUUCAUGAUUUUAUCACUUGAUCAUGUCCCGGCUGCAUUUUUGUGUGGGUAUGGAAUGGGGGUGUCCACAGCGUAUUGACAGUGACAGUUAUUCAACAUAGGAACAGCCAUGUCAAAACUAGGAAAAUGCGAUUUGGCACAGCCAUGACAAAAUGGAAAAUGUGUUUUGGCACAACCAUGACAAUGUGGGCAUGUCUAUAAUGGUCUCUCGGGCAGUAAUUUCUCAUUGUGAGAGAACCAACUCUCUGGUGUUGCAUGCCACCAACAUCAGAAAACUGUGAUUUGGCACAGCUAUGUUAAAACUUGGAAAAUGCGAUUUGUCACAACCAUGACAAUACUGUGUAGAGGAAGACAAAGAUCAUCUUCAAUUUUUUUCGUAACAGUACUGCUCAGCCAGUAGCAUUCCGAGACUAAUCAAAGCUUGUUACUGCAUCAAAUCAAAAUGAAAUGACCAUGUGUGUCAGGUAUCAGUGGGCGGAUACAUCAUAAAGGGAGACUAAAGCAGGAUCUGGAGAGGGGGUAAACCGAUACCUUUACCAAACGUAUCAGAAGUAGGCCGAAAAAAAUACAUUUUCAUAGAAAAUUCCAUUUUCUUCGAACAAUGUCUUUCAUGUGAACUUAAUAAAAUUUUCAACUUUUGUAGAA